AUGCACGACCCCGACCACGCCAUAUUCGAGGAUUUAGAACAACAGAUGCCCAUGUCCAUGUCCAUGCACAUGCCAGUCUCCGUGACUCGUCCUCAACUUGGGCUUCAAACCCAUGACUCGGUUGACCACUCCCUUAUCCCGACCCACGUCAUGUGUGGCUUAGGUCAUAACUGCUGGCGUGAAAAUGCAUCGCUUCCCUUUUUCCCCUUCGGAUCAGUCUGCUUUCUCCCUGGUUCAAGUAUUUCACUCGAUCCCUGUCACCUCAUCUCUGCUACUCGAGGCGUUAUUUCUCACACUCUGCCAUUCAUCCGUCGUCUUCUGGUGAGAUCGAGCUACGGAUCUCUUCUUCGUGCACUUUCAUACCAAAUGAAAGUCACCCAACAGCCGUGUCUCAGGAGAUUCAUCAAAACCCAGAUACUCUUCUUAUCUACGAAUCUUUUCAUGAUGUACUUACAUAAGAAAUGA